AUGGUGGACCAGUCGGAGCUCGCCUUCCGGAUGCUGUGCCGAAGGUAUGGCACUGAACUGGCCUACACGCCCAUGCUGCAGCUCGGAUGCAGCACUCGCGAAUGCGGCGGGCUCGGAGCGUUGAACCGGAGGUUUUCCAUGCAGCCGAAGUACCGCAAGGAGCAGUUCUCCACGUGCCCAGAGGAUCGACCUCUUUUUGCCCAGUUCUGCGGCGAUGAUCCCCAGACAGUGCUGAAGGCCGCGCAGCUGCUGCCGCCUGGCUCGGUGGACGCAGUGGACCUGAACUGCGGCUGCCCGCAGGGCAUUGCCCGGAAGGGGCAUUAUGGCGCCUAUCUGCUCUCUGAGCCUGACGUGAUCGAGGGCAUCGUGCGCACGCUGGACCAAGAGCUCAGCGUGCCGUCCACGGUGAAGAUUCGGCUGGUCAACGACCGGGAGCUCCAGGCGUCGUGGAAUUUGAGUCGGGGCGAAGUGUUUGAGCCGGUUUUAGAAGGCGGGCCGAGUGGUGAGUGGGGGGCGGGGGAGUAG